AUGGCGGCGCGCCCCCCAAGCGCGCUCUCCCUCUCCGCGCCGCUGCUCGAGCGCGCCAGGAGAGACUCCCCCUCGCACUCGCCUACGCGCGAUCGGCGCAAAAACAUGAGCACAUACGAAUCCCAGCCCUGGGCCGUCUCCCCCUCCGCCACUCUCCAAGCCUUCACCGACGGCAUCGACCCAUCCGCCACUCCCGAAGCCCAGCAGCUGCUCUCCGGCAUCUCCAACGUGACCACCGCCGAGAAGGACCUAGGCGCGCGCGUCGCCUCCGCCACGAAGAAGAUCAAGGACUGGUGCGCCGAGCUGGAAGCAUGGACGUGGUGCGACACCUUCGAGCCGCCGUUGCAUCGCGACCCGUACGCUCAGGAGAAGGACACGCAAGGCUUCAACAAGGAUGCUGCCGGCACGGACAACGACGAUGAGUCGGCGUACUGGGGCUCGUUGCCCGCCUCGACGGUGAUGGCAUACGGCGUUCGCCUGGACACGAUCAAGGAAGAAUUGGAGGAUUUGAACAUGGACGAACUCAAAGGAUACAUCCUGGACAUGUAUCCCAUGGAACGACCCCGGCCCACCUCAGGUUACGGCAACAAACGCGCCGAGCUCCACCUCUUGGACGACUUUUCCUACGUCGUGACCCAUACCAUGCUGCAGGCUCUUCCGUGCCUGUCGUAUCUCAGCCAGCUGACGCGCGUGUGGUCGGUCCGCCUGUUGGUCCUGCAAGAAGUGCCGCAUUUCCUCACCGGCCUGGACGACGUGAUGAAGGCUAUGCGUUUGGGAUGGAACGCGUUGGAUCUUCCUGACGAUCCUCAGAAUUCCACGAAGGAGCUCGACGGCUGGAAGGAGGACAUCACCAAAACCCGCGACAACCUGCAGAGCAAGAUCACGAGUUUGGGGCGGAAGCUGGACCGGAUGCUGGACGCACUCGAGGGCAUGAACGACGUUCUUCCCGACAACUGGAUAGAUGAUUUCGAGGCGGUUGAGACGGAUUACAGCAAAUGGGCGGCCGACGCACAGAAGCGAAUUUUUGAGCUCGACAUGUUAAUGUCCAGACCGCCGGAGAAACUGACCCGGCCGACAUCAGCACGCGGUGCAGAUCAACCAUUCGGCUUCGGCGCGCUCCACACCCCGCGAAAGUCCCAUCUAGCCGUAGACAAUGGCGAGCACAGGUUACUUUCCGAUGCGGACGACAAGCUCGCACCUGUACCUAAAUUGAAUCGCACAAGCACAACUUUUAGUCCCCACAAAUCGGGCCACAUCAUCGAGCGCGGUCAUCAGCGCUCGCGAUCUCGGUCUGAGCCUGAUUUCCACGUUUCGCCGUUCAAGUUCGCUCAGCGGCUAGAGACGAUCGAAGGCACGCCGACGAAGCCAGAUCGCUUCCGUACGUUCGACUUGGAUGCCGAACAGGUUGACAGCGAUGACUCUGAAGCGAUCGCCGAAAGUAGCAUCCACGAGUCCGUGGAGAGACGAGCCUCGGUUACCUCGCUUGAGUCGCAGGUCAAGGGCGUGGAUGCCAGGCGUGACAGCAACUCCAGCAGCAAGCAGGAGCCGCAAUCUAACAACAGCAGCCCCCGGAGACGUCAUUCUCAUUCCGGAGGACCACUGGCUACGACUGAAGAGGAGGAGUUUUCGUCUAUCAGCAGCGAUGGAUACGCCCCUAUGAUGGAUACACCUGAGCUUCGGAUCGAGGGCGACUCCAGUUCCCCCGCAGAGUCACAGCUUUCUAGCCCCGUUGGCAGUCCGAACGACUCUCCUUCCCUUCGGGUACUUCCUGGCAAGCGGAAUCCCAUGAUGCCGCGGCCACCGCUGAACUCUGCCAUGCACAAGCGGAGGACCAAGUCCCAACAGGUGCCGAUUGUGAUUCCUAGCGACUCGGAUUCAGACAAUGAGUCCAGAGAUUCCCCCGGACCAAGGCCACGGAAGAUCAGCGCGGUCAAGGGCAAGGCGCAUCGACGCGUCUCGAGCGCAACCGCCGACUUGGAGCAGCAAAUCCGUCGCCUCAUUACCUCUGUUCACGCGCCGAUUCGCCUUACUUCCGGAGAUGCCGAGGCCUCGCCAGUGGGCGCAAGCUCCAAGCGUGCGUUCUCCGAUUCUCGUCCUCCGUCGUCGCUGCGUGUUUCGCGCAAGAGCAGCAUACAGUCGAUCACGAUGUCGGCAGUCGUGUCUGAGCAGGACCGUCACCGCCAUGCUCGCUAUGGAAACUCAGACAUCAAGCUCUACCACCUCAUGCAGCCCGGUCAAGCAAAGCCUAUCAAGCUAUUCGUGCGCCGAGUCGGCGAAAAUGGCGAACGCUUGAUGGUCCGUGUUGGCGGCGGUUGGGCAGACUUGGGCGAGUACCUCCGCCAGUACGCGGAUCACCACAGCAGACGUGUCAUUUCCGAAGGCAAGGUCGAGUCCCUCGGAUACGGCGACUCUCCGGAGCCUCUGCGGCCGACGAGCUCGCACAGCAAUGUCGGUGGAUCGAAGCAGUUCCUAGGCACGCCGCCGACAAGCGCGCCUAGGCCACGGUCGCGCCCGGGCAGCGCUAUGUCUAACUACAGCUCGUUCGACAGGGAUGAUAGCGGAGCAAUGGAUUCUGGGGCAUCGCAGAAGUCAUGGGCAGGAAAUGAGGUCGGAUUGGCCGGUCCGAAGACGAAGAAGUUGGAUCUUUCGGGAGAGAAGCUGGAAUGGAUCGAAGGAAUGAUGAAUCAAGCGAAGAUGCUGGGAGCUCAACAGGCGGCCAACACGAGGAAGCUUUACAUGAAGCAUGGCGGUCAUCAGCAGUAA